UUUUGUUUUUUUUUUUUUUUGAGAGAGAGAAAGUGCAAGCAGGGGAAGGGCAAAGAGAGAGGGAGACACAGAAUAUGAAGUAGGCUCCAGGCUCUGAACUGACAGCACAGAGCACAACAUGGGGCUCAAACUCACAAACCGUGAGAUCCUGACCUGAGCUGACAUCAGACACUUAUGAUCUACUGCAUGCCUGAAAUUUUCCUCAGUGCAUCAGGACACAAAAGAUACAUGAAACAAGGUGCUGGCCUUGAAGAAGCUUAUUGUCUCACUGUGAAGUAAGAAAAAUGCUUGUGAACAAGUAUAAAUUUUAAAAAAUAUUAAAUUGAGAAGUGUAGCUAAAAAUAUAUUAGGAAUAUACAGAAGGUCUAGAAUUAUGAAGGUAGACUUCAUCAAGGAGAUGAAAGAUGAGUUUGUACCUUAAAAUGUAAUUCAGGGUACCAAAGUAAAAAUAAACAACAAUAAACUGGUGUACUCAUAAGAACAACAAGAGGGUAAAGAAAUUAAAAAAAUAUUAAAAGAAAUGAAAGACAUGAAGUUUAGCCCUGAAAAGUAAAGACCUGAGUGGGAGACAACAGCAGUGUUCAAAUACUUUGAGUCAUGUGGCAGAACAGUUACAACAUACAGCCAUUUAACUUACUAGCUGACCUCUGGUAAAAUGUGACCAACACUCAAGGACAUAGAGAAUGACAGCUGUUUGGUAAAGCCACAACAGGAAAUGCCAAUUUGGAAAGACAGGAAGCAGGUGGCCAAGUUCUUCUCUGCAACUUUUCAAAGGACAGUGUGCAUGUGAGCCCACUGAAGCAAAAACUCUAAAUCUGGCAAACAUUUAUUGACCACUUACCAUGUGCCAGGUGCUUCUAUAUAUAUUAUCUCAUUUAAUAUUCACAACAUAUUUAUAAACAUUAAUAUAAUAGAGGCUUAAUGUAAAAAUACAAUAAAAUAAACUCUGCAUGGAAGCAGAAAAACAUUAAAAUUUGCCACCAUCUACCACUCUCUGAUACGGAUUUGACAGCUGUUUUAAAAAGCAAAACUAGGGGCGCCUGGGUGGCGCAGUCAGUUAAGCGUCCGACUUCAGCCAGGUCACGAUCUCGCGGUCCGUGAGUUCGAGCCCCGCGUCAGGCUCUGGGCUGAUGGCUCAGAGCCUGGAGCCUGUUUCCGAUUCUGUCUCCCUCUCUCUCUGCCCCUUCCCCGUUCAUGCUCUGUCUCUCUCUGUCCCAAAAAUAAAUAAACGUUGAAAAAAAAAAAAAUUAAAAAAAAAAAAAAGCAAAACUAUUUGAAGGCCUGGAUAUCUACAUAAUAAUUUCCUCUUGCACCUUCCUUCAGUAAUGCACAGUGGCUCUCAGUUUGCAAAGUGCCCAAGAAUUAUAUAUUGCUAUAUACACAAAAACAUGUAUACAAUACUUUUUAAGCAAUUUACGGGAUUUUCAAAUAUAGUUUUCAUUUUAUGUGAUUUUUGUUUCAAGUCCUGGCUUUAGAACUGAUCCCUGGGAAUGAGGUGCAACCCACUGUAGGCUUAUGCCAUAGUCACUGUAAGGCAGCAUCAGGGAAAAAAGGUAGAAAGGGUGAAUCCUAUUACAACAUGAAGAACAUUCUAACAAUUAGAACUAUCCAAAAAUGGCAUAGGCUAUCUCAAAGUAAUGAAUUUACAAUCAUCAAAGGUUUCAAACAGAAGCUGAAAAACCACUGAGAACAUUUUAGAAGAGAGCAACUGGGUAGGAAGUUAAGAUCUCUUCCAAGUCUUAGAUUCUAUUAUGGGUAGACUUUUAAAACCUGACAGAAUAGGCAACCUACUUAAAAACAAAAUGAGCAGAGUCACAAAGGCAAGAAUGACAUGGUAUGUAAAGUUCAAUGCUGGGGAACACAGGACCAGUUCAUUUCCACUUGCAGAUCUUUGUACUUGCUGUUUCAUUUGCCAGUAAAAUUCUUCCAUCUUUUAGGCCACAAAUGAAAUAUCUACUCCUUAGUGAGGCCUCCCCACCAACCCCACCAGUCACUCACUUGUCACAUCUUGUCUUAUCUUCUUCAUAGCUGAUAUCAGGAAUCAGCAAACUUUUUCUAUAAAGGGCCACACUAGAGCCUACAGGCCAAUAUCCAGCCUGUCCUAUGUCUUAAUAUGAGCCCCCCCCCGAAAAAAAUGAAAAAGAAUAUUUUGUGACAUGGGAAAAUUACAUGAAAUUCAAAUUUCAAUGUACAAAGUUGUUUGGGUUUUUUUGUUUAUUUGAGAGAGAAAGAGAAUGUGCAUGCAUGGGUGAGGGAGGGGCAGAAAAGAGAGGGAGAGAAAGAGAAUCCUAAGCAGGUUCCACAUUGUCAGCUCAGAAUCCUACUCAGGGCUCAAUCCCAGGAACCAUGAGAUCAUGACCUGAGCCAAAAUCACUAGUGGAAAGCUUAACCGACUGAGCCACCAAGGCACUCCUACCAACUUUAAUUAGAACACAGAAACACUUGUUUAUGUACGGUCUGUGGCUACUUUGCACUACAACAACAGAGUUGAGUAGUUGCAACAAAAAGUGUAUGGCCCAUAAAGCCUAAAAUACUUUCCGGUCUUUAACAGAAAAAGUUUGCUAAUUGCUGAUUUACAGCAUUACCCAAAAUUAUCCUGUCUACUUGUUUGUUAUCCUCAUUCUCACACAAACCGAAAAAAGCCCAAUAACAAGGACCUUGUCUAUUUUGUUCCCCACCACUGCCCAGUAUUUAGAAAAACUUCUGGAACAAAAUAAGGACUCAAUAAAUAUUCUAUGAAGAAAUAAAUCAUAAAUGUGAUUUUGAGGAAUUCAUAAAUGUCAUUUUGAGGAAUUUAAACUUAAGCCCUUAGCCAUUAUAGGUUUUGUGCAUAUAUGACUCUCGCAGAAAAGGGGAAAUAUUCUAGUGGAGAGAAGGAACAAACAGCUUAAAGAAAUGGUGGUCACCAACUAGUCCAGGUCAUUGGGUUUCUUCAUCAAACUGUACAGGUUUUUUUGUGCUUAUAAAAGAUUCCCUCAACUACUGGAAGGUGUAACAACAUUCUGUCAGCGGACGGCACCUCUGUUUACCGUAAGAUGCAAAUCCUCUGAGAAAUCUAAUUUCCUAUACAUAGUAUACAACAUCCACACUAUGCCAAAUCUUAAUGUUCAUAAUUAUAACAGAUCUCAAUCACGUGCUAAUGAAAUUCUAAUAUCUAAAUUUUUCCUACGCUGAUCAGCAAUCUAUUCUGUAAGCAACUGAAAACUCUUUAGAAAUUAAAAGGUUACCACCCACAGACCAGAAGCAGCUUUUUAAUCUUUCUAUACUAGCCAGAGAGUGGGUGUGUGAUUUCAAAAAAAAAACAAAAAUACAAGCCAAUUCUGUUGGUAGAGGACAAGGUAUUGUUACGUUAAAAUCCCACCUAAAAGCAUCGUGUGUUACAGGACACUAGUAAAACUACCACCUACUCACAAUUCUGGUCUCACUGUUUUAAUCUACAAAUGGAGGAAAACAACAUACCUACCCCCUGCAGGAAUCUUGUCAUUAACAUUUUCAUAAGGUUCUUUCCUCCAGGCUUUGCAACAAUUUCUAUACACAGGUACUUCAAAGACAAGGAUUCAGUUUAACGAAUCUCUUCCAAAAUUUAAGAUACUGGUCAAAAGACGUAAACAUAUCAAAGUUUGGUUGUUAAAGCAGCUACAUGCUUUUUAAGCCCUGGAUUUUAUUUUUAUUUUUAUUUUUUAGAAUUAACUAAUUUAGGAAUUCAGACCUUUCCUAGAGAUGCCUAUGAGUAUGUCAGACUUAUAGCAACCAUUUUGGAUUAGACUGUGUGUUCUUCCUUUCUUCUGUGACAAGUCAGGAUGAAAAGGCAGACUUGCAAAAGCGGUGACUAUAAUCUACCAGGACUCGUGGAUGGUGUCAUCAAAGAAAAGGGAGAAAUCAGCCAACAGCUCAAGUGGGCUGCUUCAAGAAACUCAGCUGCGGAUUCACCUGGGAGAGCCUCAUCAUCAAUGUUGUUAAGGCCCCGCAAUGCCUGGCCCUUGGUUGCUGCUCGCCUUGGCAUUGACCUUGACCGUGGCCCAGCCGGAGGUGGCCCAGCACGAGGCCGGUGAGCACGCAGGCCUGGAUGACCUCUUGCGCCAGGCAGAGGGCCUCCUCCUCCUCCAGGAAGACCUCCUGCGUCUGCGAGGGAAUCAGGACGAUGGAGAAUCAGAGUCCCAGAUCAUUCAACCCGACUGGCUCUCCAAGCGUCAGCAUCCUGGCAAAAGGGAAGAGGAGGAGGCAGAAGACGGAGUUGAAGAGGAAGAAGAAGGAGGGGCCAUGGGCCCCCACAAGCGGCAGCACCCUGGCCGGCGGGAGGAUGUGGCUGCAUGGUCAGAGGUAACUCAGCAGAAGCGGCAGCACCCUGGCCGGCGCUCCUCCUGGCUUGGGUACACUUUCACCAAGAGGCAGCACCCAGGCAGACGGCUGGUGGAUCCCAAGGCCCAAAGGAGCUGGGAAGAAGAGGAAGAGGAGGUGGAGGAGGGAGAGCUGAUGCCUGAGAAACGCCAACAUCCGGGCAAGAGGGCUCUGGGAGGCCCAUGUGAGCCUCAGGGAGCCUGUGGUCAAGCCAGCCUCCUGCUGGGGCUCCUGGAUGACCUGAGCAGGGGUCAGGGGGCUGAGGAGAAGCGGCAGCAUCCUGGGCGGCGGGCGGCCUGGGCCAGGGAGCCCCUGGAGGAGUGAACCCAGCUUCCUAUCAAGUUUGGGGUCUAAGAAUGUCUUAAGUCCUGUGGGUCCUAUUCCCUUUGUGACUCCUUCUUUCCCUCCUCCUUAGAUCCCUGACCAUAAACCUGAGCCCCCUGUAUGUACAACACCCAGUUCCCUGGCCUUGUUCCCCCUCCCCCUUCAGGGACAUGAGAACGGGAGCCUGAGUUAAAACCCUGGAUUACCCCACUUUGCCCUGUUGGCAGGGGACAGAUCCCAGAGUCCCUCUCCCUGCACCCCCACAGGCUGCUUCCCUUCCUUAGCCCUGGCUAAAAAUGACCCUUCUGUGUCUUUUAAGGGAUCCCCAGAGAGGAGCAGGGUGACUGGGUCCAGCAGCCAGUGAGAUCAGGGUGGGAUUGAAGAUGUGAUGUCCAAAUCCAGUUUCUGUCCCCUGCUCCAUGAGUCAAGAUUUGCCACAUGUCAACUUUAUUUACCUCCAGAACUGGGGGUCUCCUCUGCUUCUUGGGCCUCCUUUUUGUGGGUGUUCAGAGCCCUGACCCAUGGCUAUGUUCUGCUUAGGGGAAUGAUGGCAGGUGGAGGCAUCCUGUGCUGUGCUGUGUGGUGGUUGUGGGAAUAAAGAUGUGCGGGCGUAUGUAAACAGCCCUGAAUGCUGAACUUGUAUAUAACCCUCUAGGCGCCUUCCCCUUGUCCGUGAUCAUCAUCUGAAUGAUAAUAAAACAUGCAUCCAGAUAA